AUGGAACUGAAGAAAUCUAUUUCGGACACCGAGCGCGCGCUCAGGAGCUACGGCGCCGUGUCGGAAACGGCAUGGACAACGGACAAAGGUCAUUCAGACGUGUCCAUGGCAGAGAGCACCAUGUCUCCAGAGGAGAUCGAGGUGGAGAUGGCUCGUAUCCAGCGCCUGCGAGAGGUCCUGGUACGCCGGGAGUCCGAGCUGCGCUUCAUGAUGGAUGACAUUCAGCUCUGCAAAGACAUCAUGAGUCUAAAGCAGGAGCUGAGACAGAUUGUCACAGUACCAGAGAAAGAAAAAAACAAAAAGCAUAGGCAGCGGGAAGAGGAGCUGAUCCUGAAGAUCCAUAAGCUGGUGCAGAAGAGGGAUUUCCUGGUGGAUGAUGCAGAGGUGGAGAGAUUAAGGGAGCGAGAGGAGGACAAGGAGAUGGCUGAGUUUCUCAGACUGAAGCUGAUGCCUCUGGAGAACAAGCUCAAAGUCGCACAAAGUGAACAAAUCCUGGAGCCGCCCCCCAACAAACCAUCCAUCACCAAGUCAGGAGUGGCCAUCAUUAAGGACUGCUGCGGAGCCACCCAAUGUGCCGUCAUGUAACUGACAGAGGCCUCUCUAUGACCCCGCUCCACGUGUCAGAAACCACACACUCACAUCACAUGACAUUGCUAAUAUAUCACUUCCUGUGACUCAGAGAACCCCGGUUAGCCGUGUCUCCCCUGGACUCUGUUAAGAAGUCAGGUUUGUAAAUUUAAAUAUAGUCUCAGCCACAGAGGGCCAGCCAGAGCUUUGGAAACUGAUCCCUACUCGAGGAGCUUUUGUCAGUGAAGACCUGCUUGUCAGCCGUGUUAUAUGCAGUAAAGGGGUGUGCAACGGAUACAGCAGCAAAAAUAAUGAGGGGCAGAGAAACAGGGGUGUUGUACAUAAGAAACAGUCGAAUAAAUAUAUGUGUUAAUCGAGAGGCAGAUUCCUUUAUGUAACAUUCCUUGUCAGGGUGGUGAUAUGGUUUACAAUGAUGUAUCUGAUACAUGUAGGUAGAGAACUACAAGCACAAAGUCUACACAGUGAACUAUAGACACUGGGUUUCUCUGUCUGACAGGAAAACAAACAUCUGUUUGCUCCGUCUGGUCAUUUUUGAUAAUGGGUUAUUUCUUCAUCCAUUUCAGCCAUUUAACACAAACUAGUGAGCCUGUUUCACUUUCAGGAGAACUACAACUCUGCAUUUCUAUUGUUGUUAACAAAUGGGAGGAACACGUGGUUCAGACAAACAGCAUGGCUGCAGAUUAAAUGAAAAAUUCUAAACUGGGGGACUGGGAAAUGUUUGAGAGCGUU